UAUAAAAGUAACAUUGUCGCCUCCAUCUUUUUCCGGUUCUCCGCGGCCCGUUGUGUCUUGUCCUCCUGGUUCAGACGGUCCACAUCUGCAGACAUGAGCCGCCCAAAGGUCUUUUUCGACAUCGCCAUCGACGGCAACCCCACGGGCCGGAUCGUGAUGGAGCUUAGAGCUGACGUGGUGCCCAAGACUGCAGAGAACUUCCGUGCUCUGUGCACUGGCGAGAAGGGCUUUGGCUACAAGGGCAGCAGCUUCCACCGCAUCAUCCCUAGCUUCAUGUGCCAGGGAGGUGACUUCACCAACCACAACGGAACUGGAGGAAAGUCCAUCUAUGGCAACAAGUUCGCCGAUGAGAACUUCACACUGACGCACACUGGCCCUGGCAUCCUGUCCAUGGCAAACGCUGGUCCAAACACCAACGGGUCGCAGUUCUUCAUCUGCACAGCAAAGACGGCAUGGCUGGAUGGCAAACAUGUGGUGUUCGGCCAAGUGAUUGAGGGCAUUGAUGUGGUGAAGAAGAUGGAGGCCUGCGGCAGUCAGUCAGGAAAAACCAAGGGCAAGAUCACCAUUGCAGACUGCGGGCAGCUCUGAGUUCUUGCACUUAAUCCUACCACGCCCUUCUAGCUACACCCUUGUUGACUCCGCCCCUCCACAAUUUCAACAUUCCUACAAUGACAUGGGUGAUUAUUAACUUUGUAACAUGAAGUUUUUUUUUUUUUAAAUCUAGACCACUCAGUUUUGCAUUACUGACCUCUGCUGGUAAUAUGCUAGCAUUGCAGCUUCUGUCAUGGACUGCAGAAGAUGCUGGUUCCCCCUCUUAACACACUGUCCUGGAUGUUUUCCAAGUUGACCUGACACAUGCUUGAAUUUUCCAUGGAGACUAUGCUGAAACUUUUAUUUAUUUUUUUUUCUCUCUUUUCUCCUCCUCCUCCCCUGUUGGUGGUUGGGUCACAUUUUGAUGUGACCAUGAUUAAACAUUUCACAAAUCUUU